CCAUCGAAGCCGCUGGAUCGACUUUCACUGCUGCGGCUAAAAUCACUGUCAACAACACAAACACGGCCAAUGUUAAGAUGACUGGGCAAAGGCAAUCGCCGGUUUCUGUGGCAGUGAAACGAGAAAGUGUGGUGUAUAUCGUGCUGUGCUACUACCUGCUCUUCUUCGCCAUAAGCGGUAUCAACAGCCAAACAACCAAAGAAAAGAAAAAGCCCGAGACCGUCCAGGACCUCUUCAACACCUCCUCCUGCAUCCCCCGACCUUACCGAUGCCCCCACAGGCAAAUCCAAUUCUACCUAUACACCCGGAGAACCCAGAAGACUGGCGAACUCCUGGACACCACCAGAGAAGAGUCGCUGUAUAACACAAGGUUCAACCGAAUGUACCCCACGAAAAUCGUGGUUCAUGGGUUUGGAGGAGGGAGGAACCUGGCGCCCAGCACAGACAUGAGGGACGCCUAUUUUCAUAGGGGGAACUACAACAUUAUUAUUGUGGAUUAUGGGACACUUGUGAGGGAACCAUGUCUUAAGCAAAUGGAAUGGGCGCCCCGCUUCUGCGCCAAGUGCAUCGCCCAGCUGGUCAACUACCUCACCCACCACCCCCGCGGCGUCCGCGCCGACGAUUUGCACCUCAUUGGCUACAGCGUCGGCGCCCACAUUUCUGGUCUCGUGGCCAACUACCUCGACCCCGUCGAGCACGGCAAACUGGGUCGCAUUACAGGCCUGGACCCCACCAUCGUCUUCUACAUGGGUCAGAACCGGUCGCGCGACCUGGACUACACGGACGCCCAUUUCGUGGACGUGCUGCACACGGGGGCCGGGAUUCUGGGGCAGUGGGGGCCCACGGGACACGCGGAUUUUUACAUUAAUGGGGGGUCGAGCCAGCCGGGGUGCGGCAGUGAUACUGUUUUUAAGACUCUGGCGUGUGAUCAUACCAAGGUGACGCCGUACUUUAUAGAGUCGAUUGUGACGAAGAAGGGGUUCUGGGCGUACCCGUGUCCGACGCUGUUGAGCUUCAUGACGGGGUGGUGCAGUCCGGGGGAUGAGGAGUACGUGAUGAUGGGGGAGCAUGUGGAUAUUAACAAGGCACGAGGAGUUUACUACGUGUCGACCAACCCAAAGCCCCCCUACGCCCAAGGCCCCCCCAAACGUCAAAGACGACGAGGAAUUUUUUUCAACAGACUGCAGUAGAAUUUAGCCUAUAACCCAUCUUCUGCGAGAAUCGUUACCAGUAGUCCAGUGCUGAGUUUGCCACAAGUCUUAGUUACUAAUAAUUUAUUGUAGAUCUAGAUUAAUAUUUU